GUAUCCUGGAGGCGCGGAAAGGAGCUGGAGGGAAUUUUGGGCUCCCUGGCGACAAGGAUGGGGGCCACGCUGAGUUCGGGGCCUCGCUGGGUUCUGGUCUUCCGAAGGAAAAAGGGUCUUGGGGGCCGCCUGCUGGAUUAAGGACUGCCGGGGGCGGGCUUCGGGUUCGGGGGAUUUGACUCGAGCGAUGUCAGCCCCGAGCCCCCGUUACCUCGCGGCUGUCUCGGCUCUGACCUCGGUUCCUCGCAGAUGCCACGGUGUACGUGGGGGGGCUGGACGAGAAGGUCAGCGAGCCCCUGCUCUGGGAGCUCUUUCUGCAGGCCGGGCCGGUGGUCAACACGCACAUGCCCAAGGACCGGGUCACGGGCCAGCACCAGGGGUACGGUUUUGUGGAGUUCCUGAGUGAGGAGGACGCUGACUAUGCCAUCAAGAUCAUGAACAUGAUCAAGCUCUAUGGGAAACCCAUCCGGGUGAACAAAGCCUCGGCCCACAACAAGAACCUGGAUGUGGGCGCCAACAUCUUCAUUGGCAACCUGGACCCCGAGAUCGAUGAGAAGCUGCUCUACGACACUUUCAGCGCCUUUGGGGUAAUCCUGCAGACCCCCAAGAUCAUGCGAGACCCCGACACGGGCAACUCCAAGGGCUACGCCUUCAUCAACUUUGCCAGCUUCGAUGCGUCGGACGCAGCCAUUGAGGCCAUGAACGGGCAGUACCUGUGCAACCGCCCCAUCACCGUGUCCUACGCCUUCAAGAAGGACUCCAAGGGCGAGCGGCACGGCUCAGCGGCUGAGCGGCUGCUGGCGGCUCAGAACCCCCUCUCCCAGGCCGACCGGCCCCACCAGCUCUUCGCAGAUGCCCCCCCGCCCCCCUCCGU